CUUUUUUUCUUUUCCUCCCCAUCUUCCUGAGAAGCAAAAGACACCCAUCCCAGUCCCACGGCCCCAAAGACGUUCGUUCCCCUGCCUCGCCUUGAGGGGUCCAAGCUACCUAAUGCUGGACGACAAUGGCAAGGUAACCCUCCCUCCCUUCAAGACAUAAGAAACAUGUACUCCUAGCAUGGACCGGGGCUACGCACCCAAUUCUCCCCGCGAUGAUACAUACAUUUUGUCCUUGGAUGCCAUCACGGAGACCCUCUUCCUGACCCCUGCGCCGCCUUGCGUUCUGGAAAGGAAACGUGCCUUGUCAGACCCGAACAGAAUGCGCCUCGUUCGGAUAUGGAUAGAUGGGGGUGGGUGGUGGGAGGUCGCUUCCAUCUGUCUCCUAGCUGAAGCCCUGGUCUCUCUCUCUUUCUCUCGCUCGCCAUCAUCAGACUCGUUAUAAAGUCUAUCCUCCAGCUCCGUCCCAUGUCUUCUCUCCCGGCCCGUCUCACAACACAAACCUUCUCCGUCUCUUCAACGCCUCGUCUUCGGACUCCUCGACUCGGCCCUUUUGCCUGUUUAUUUCUCAUCAGUCUUCCGAACACACUGCUACCAAGGGAUAUCUCCCACACCUCUUUGUGUGUGUUUAUAUUACUCUUCCAUCUCCCGCCCGCAUUAGCCUCGCUUUCUGUCUCGGUCCAAAAAGAACAAAACCAAAAGCCUAAGCCCGUCUUCUCCACCCCCGUCGUAGCAGCGCGUGUAAGCGCCGUACCUAUCUAUAUUCAGCUCGAAUUACCCACACACCCAGCCCCCAAGACGGCCGCUUCCAACACGGCCCGCCGCAUUACUCCCUUCUAGUCGCUACCUGCCUAUCUCCUCGUGGUCAAUCUUUUCUUAGAUCAAGGAUUCCUCUUUGGGUCUCUUCCUUGCGUACCUCCCUACCUGCCGCUUGGUUGCUAUCGCUAUUGCAUAUAUCUACAUUACCUCCCCGUUCCGCGUCGUUGCUCUCCCAUCCGACACCCCGCCAGAACCAAGUCGAUCACCACCACAAACAGCCCAACAUGCUCGCCAAGACCUUCCUCUUACUGGCCUCCCUGGCUCUCGUCUCGGCCGCCCCCGCAAGGAGACAGGCCGGCUCCGGCUGCAGCUCCAAACCUACCCCGAUCCUCCCCGUCAACGGCAAUGGUGUCGAGCUUCCCCCAGUCGCGGCGGGCCUCGUCCUAAAGCACCUCGCCCUCGGCCACGGCAUCCAAAACUACACCUGCGCCACGACGAACGCCACCGGCGCGACGACCCUUGCCGCCACCGCCACCGGUGCCCUCGCCGCCCUCUACGACGCCGCGCCCCUCUACCCGAACGCCGGCGCCGGAUCCCUCCCCUCCGUCGAGCUCUUCAACGGCCUCACCACCAAUGCCCUCUGGGGCUCCCCGCUGCCCCUCGUCUCUGACGGCACUACCCGCUUCGGCGCCUCCGCCUCCUGCCCCUUCCCCGCCCCAGCAGACCUCGCCCUCCCGAGCAUCGCGCCCCUCAAGCAGAUCGGCGUCCACUUCUUCGACUCCGCCAGCGUGCCCACCUUCGAGGUCGGCGCGGACCUCUUCAAGGGCGGCAAGCUCAACGGCACAAAGGCCCCCUCGGCCGCCGACGUCGGCCCUGAGAAGACGGGCGCCGUCGACUGGCUUCUGCUGGGCGACAAGGGCGCCAGCAGGGGCGUCACCGCCGUUUACCGCGUCGUCACUGCCGGCGGCGUCGCUCACCAGUGCACCACCGUCGGCGCCACCGACAGCGUGCCCUACGCGGCCUACUACUGGUUCUUCGGCCCCAGCGCCUGAGUGAGAAUCAUACCGUCCGUCCCUUCAGUCUCUCCUGUUUGGGAGAGCGUUCUCCUUUCUUUGGCGCUCAAAAUAAAUCGGGUUUCAAACGGAGUUAGAUGGUAGUAGUCAGUCAGUUAGUGGCGCAUGUGGCAAGGGUGGGCGGACUCUUAUUUCGUCAAGGCAUUUCAUUUCAAUCAGCUUCCUUUCAUACCACUCUUUCACAAGACUUUGGAUAUACCCCGGGCGCGCAUCAGACGGGUCGAUGGGAGAUGUAAUACGGAGGUUGGGUCGGCGCAUCGUACCGUCUUGAGACGUAGAUGAGGAGAUGGCGAUCUCCCUCCCCUCUCUCCCCUACCCGUUUUUUCCCACAUGUAUUUACUGGGCGUUUUUUUCUCACUCUUUCUACUUUCAACGGUACAUAUGCCGUGGAGUCGGCGAAAAGAAAGUUGGGUUUGUUCAUCACCGCGAGUUGUGUCCUCCCUCCUCCCGUGUACAAUGUUCGCUGUGAACAUGUUCCAGCCC